AUGGAAAUACCCACCUACCCUCGCCCCCUACUCUCUGUUUCUUAUUUUGCCUCUUCAGUUCUCGCCGUCUCUUUCUUCUCUCUCAACCUUACGUUUUUUCUAAUCUCUCCCUCUCUCUUCAUUUUUAAUAAUUAUUUUUCUAUUCUAUCUCUCUCUCUGUUACUGUAUGUUUCUUAUCGUGUGCUCUCUUUCUCGAUAAGUCUCUCUCUCUCUUUCUCACUCCCAUUCUCAUUCCCCUCUCUUACACAUUUUUCACCACCGUUGUCUUCCCCUCUCUUUCUCUCCGUCAUUUCUCUCUCUCUCUCUUUCCAACUUUACUCUUUUUCUUUCUUUACCUCCUCUCUCUUUUGUCUCCGCUAUCUCUCCCCCUCUUUGUCUCUUUUUACACAAACUUCUAAAUGUUGUCAAAAAAUUCUGGUAACUGUUUCAGUCAAGAGGACGUCAGACAUUUAUCUGUUGUUGUGGAUGUCAAGUGUUGCUCGUCUGAUAAGCAGACGUUCUUAUAAAUUCAGCAUGGUGAGUUCUAUUCCUGCUUCAUGUCAACCAAUUCAUUUUAUUUUUGCUUGCUUCAUAGAGUCAAUUUAUUUAUUGUGCUCAGCUCAUCCAUAUUUCUUUUAUUCACUUUCUCUACUUUCUAUUCAUCGUCUCUGUAUGUUUUACUUGCUUUCCAUCUCUCUAUCUCUUCACACUUACUUUCCAUCUCUCGUUUUCUCUCUCUCUCUCUCUCUCUCUCUCUCUCUACUCAGCUGUAGUUAUCCACUCUGUCUCUCUCCCUCUUUUUUUUUCAGUCUCAUAUAUCUCUUUCUCUCUCCCCCUUUCCACUAUUUUAUCGUAUCCCGUUUCUUCUUUUUUUCUUUUUUUACCUCGUCAUUCUUGUUAAAUUCGGAUUUUCCCUUAAGUUUUGUCUCUUUUCAUUGGUUCUGUCUGUUAUCAAUAAAUUUGGAAGUCCUAGCGUCAUUCAUUCAUUCAUUCUUUCUUUCAAUCAUUCAUUCAUUACCGUUCAUUUUUUCAUUCAUCUAUUUCUUAUUCUACGACACUCGUGCUGAUCUUUUCUUACCCCUGUUAUUUUUUCAUUCAUUCAAUAAUCGUUCUUUCUUUCGUGUCUUAAAGAAAUUUCAUUCGGUUCAACUUCAAUACAAAGAAAAAAGUAGCGAAAAAAAACCCCCCAAAACAAGAUUAUUAUUACAAUCAGUGGAGGACGUAAAGCCUUUUUGUCGUCACUCACUGCUGGGACCAGUUCACGAAGACCCUCCAAGAGCAUCGUCAUGCCUUUCCUUCUUUCUCUUUCCAGGUGGUUAUGUUGUGCCUUUUCCACCUUGUUCAUACAUUUUCGUUUCUUUUUUUCGCCGUUCAUCUUCACUAAAGACACUUUAA